AUGACCGACAAUAUCCCCCUGCAACCAGUCAGGCGACCAAAGAGAAACAACAGCAAACACAGGCAUGGGUGCUGUCCGUGGUCCAAAUGUUGUGGCAUGUGCGACUUCCGUCCCCGCACAGUGUGGCUCGGCCAUCCGGAAAAGCGGGAGCAGAGGUACCCUCGGAAUGUCAUUAACAACCAGAAGUAUAACUUCUUCACCUUCCUGCCUGGGGUGCUUUUUAAUCAGUUCAAGUACUUCUUCAACCUCUACUUCUUGUUACUGGCCUGCUCUCAGUUUGUGGACGAACUGCGAUUAGGUGACCUCUACACCUACUGGGUCCCCUUGGGUCUGGUCUUGACCAUCACUAUCAUUCGAGAAGCUGUUGAUGAAAUAAGAUGCUACAUUCGUGACAAAGAAGUGAACUCGCAGAUCUAUAGCAAGCUGACCACAAGAGGCACAGCGAAGGUCAAAAGCAGCAACAUUCAAGUGGGAGAUCUAAUAAUAGUUGAAAAGAACCAGCGUGUUCCUGCUGACAUGAUCUUUUUAAGGACCUCUGAGAGAAAUGGCUCCUGUUUCCUUCGCACCGACCAGCUGGAUGGGGAGACCGACUGGAAGCUGCGUCUCCCAGUUGCAUGCACGCAGAGGCUACCGACUGCUGCAGACCUUCUACAAAUCCGAUCCUACGUGUAUGCCGAGGAGCCAAACAUUGACAUCCAUAACUUUAUUGGAACCUUCACCAGAGAGGAUGGUGACCCUCCGAUCAACGAAAGCCUCAGCAUUGAGAACACACUUUGGGCCAGCACAGUUGUCGCCUCGGGCACAGUUGUGGGGGUGGUGAUUUAUACUGGCAAGGAGCUGCGUAGCGUCAUGAAUACCUCCAACCCAAGACACAAGGUGGGCUUGUUUGACCUCGAGGUGAACUGUUUGACAAAGAUCCUGUUUGGGGCAUUGGUGGUCGUGUCUUUGGUCAUGGUGGCACUGCAGCACUUUGCUGGACGCUGGUAUUUGCAGAUCCUUCGCUUCCUACUGCUCUUCUCUAACAUUGUGCCUAUCAGCCUGCGUGUCAAUCUGGAUAUGGGAAAGAUGGUUUUCAGUUGGAUGAUCAAGAAGGACUCCAAGAUACCUGGCACGGUGGUUAGAGCCAGCACCAUACCUGAACAGUUGGGCCGCAUCUCCUACCUGCUGACUGACAAAACAGGAACGCUCACCCAAAAUGAGAUGGUGUUCCGGCGCCUUCACCUUGGCACUGUGGCUUACGGUAUGGACUCUAUGGAUGAAGUGCAGAGCCAUGUGUUCAGUGCCUAUACACAGCCCACCCAUGACCUUCCGGCCUCUAGGACCCCAGCGGCCACAAAGGUUCGCAAAACCAUCAGCAGUAGGGUUCACGAGGCGGUGAAAGCCAUCGCGUUGGUGCACAACGUCACGCCGACAUAUGAAUCCAACGGUGUGACUGACCAGGCUGAGGCAGAGCAACACUACGAAGACACCUGCAGAGUGUACCAGGCUGCCAGCCCAGACGAGGUGUCGCUGGUGCAGUGGACGGAGAGUGUUGGUUUAACACUGGUUGGGAGAGAUCAGUCCUUCAUGCAACUCAGGACUCCUACUGGCCAAAUUAUGAACUUCACUAUCCUGCAGAUUUUCCCUUUCACAUAUGAGAGCAAGAGGAUGGGCAUCAUUGUGCGGGAUGAAUCAACUGGAGAGAUCACAUUCUACAUGAAGGGUGCGGAUGUGGUGAUGGCUGGCAUUGUCCAGUAUAAUGAUUGGCUGGAAGAAGAGUGUGGGAACAUGGCAAGAGAAGGUCUCCGCGUCCUUGUUGUCUCCAAGAAGUCCAUGACUGAGGAACAGUAUCAAGACUUUGAAGCGCGCUACGUCCAGGCCAAGCUCAGCGUGCAUGACCGCUCCCUUAAAGUUGCCACGGUGAUCGAAAGUCUGGAAAUGGAGAUGGAGCUCCUGUGUUUGACUGGCGUGGAGGACCAGCUGCAGGCUGACGUUAGGCCCACUUUGGAGAUCCUACGCAAUGCAGGCAUCAAGGUUUGGAUGCUGACAGGAGACAAGCUGGAAACAGCCACGUGUACCGCCAAGAACGCCCACCUGAUCACCCGCAACCAGGAUAUCCACAUCUUCAGACCUGUGACCACGCGAGGAGAAGCCCAUCUGGAACUCAAUGCAUUCCGGAGGAAACAUGACUGUGCCCUGGUGAUAUCUGGUGACUCGCUCGAGGUUUGUCUAAAAUACUACGAAUACGAGUUCAUGGAGCUGGCUUGUCAGUGUCCCGCUGUGGUCUGCUGCCGGUGUGCCCCAACCCAGAAGGCUCAGAUCAUCCGGCUAUUGCAGGAGCGGACGGGCAAACUCACCUGUGCUGUAGGAGAUGGAGGAAACGAUGUCAGCAUGAUCCAGGAAGCCGACUGUGGCGUGGGAGUGGAGGGAAAAGAAGGUAAACAGGCCUCCCUGGCCGCAGACUUCUCUGUGACUCAGUUCAAACAUUUAGGCCGUCUCCUGAUGGUUCACGGACGCAACAGCUACAAAAGAUCUGCAGCCCUCAGCCAGUUUGUCAUCCACAGGAGCCUUUGCAUCAGUACCAUGCAGGCUGUCUUCUCAUCUGUCUUCUAUUUUGCUUCAGUACCGCUCUAUCAAGGUUUCCUCAUUAUUGGCUACUCCUCUAUCUACACCAUGUUCCCUGUCUUCUCUUUGGUAUUGGACAAAGACGUCAAAUCUGAAGUCGCUAUGUUAUAUCCUGAGUUGUACAAAGAUCUGUUGAAGGGUAGACCUCUGUCCUUUAAGACUUUUCUAAUAUGGGUUUUAAUAAGUAUUUAUCAAGGCAGCAUCAUCAUGUACGGGGCGCUGCUGCUCUUCGAGUCCGAGUUUGUCCACAUCGUAGCCAUCUCCUUCACAUCGCUCAUUCUCACUGAGCUGCUCAUGGUGGCGCUGACCAUUCAGACGUGGCACUGGCUCAUGAUGGUCGCAGAGCUCCUCAGCUUGGCCUGUUACGUGGCAUCGCUCGUCUUCCUGCACGACUUCAUUGAUGUGUACUUCAUCACAACUCCGUCAUUCCUGUGGAAGGUGACGGCCAUCACCCUGGUCAGCUGCCUGCCCCUUUACAUCCUCAAGUACCUGCGGCGACGCUUCUCUCCACCCAGCUACUCAAAGCUCACCUCCUAA